CAAUCCCCCAGUUUUCGUGCAAGGGGGCCACUAGUCGCGCUCUGCCCGCCCCUCAUCUUCUCUUCUCUCUCCCUCCCGCUCUCCCCCCAAAACCCCGCCAGUGGCUCACGCCUCCUGCAUACGGGAUGAGGUGAGCAGCGCCGCUGCUGAGAGGGGGCGCGCGCGGGUGUGAGCGUGUGUCCGUGUGCGAGUGUGUGUGCGCCGGGCGGGCGGGCACUGCAGCUUCUUCCUCCGUGGAGCGGAGAGCGAGAGAGAGCUACAGCGAACGAGAGAGCGGCGAAGGCGGGUAGAGGGGCGCGGGCGAGGCGGCGCAGCCAUCCCCGGACCAGGGGCCGCGCCGCCACCAUGCUAAACAACCUGACGGACUGCGAGGACGGCGAUGGGGGAGCCAACCCGGGUGAUGGCAACCCCAAGGAAAGCAGUCCCUUCAUCAACAGCACUGACACAGAGAAGGGAAAGGAGUAUGACGGCAAGAACAUGGCCUUGUUUGAGGAGGAGAUGGACACCAGCCCUAUGGUGUCCUCCUUGCUCAGUGGCCUGGCCAACUACACCAACCUGCCCCAGGGAAGUAGGGAGCAUGAAGAGGCAGAAAACAAUGAGGGUGGAAAAAAGAAGCCGGUGCAGGCCCCACGCAUGGGCACCUUCAUGGGCGUGUACCUGCCGUGCCUGCAGAACAUCUUUGGCGUCAUCCUCUUCCUGCGGCUCACCUGGGUGGUGGGCAUUGCAGGCAUCAUGGAGUCCUUCUGCAUGGUGUUCAUCUGCUGCUCCUGUACGAUGCUCACGGCCAUCUCCAUGAGUGCAAUUGCAACGAAUGGUGUUGUGCCUGCUGGUGGCUCCUACUACAUGAUUUCCAGGUCUCUGGGCCCAGAGUUUGGGGGCGCCGUGGGCCUCUGCUUCUACCUGGGCACUACCUUUGCAGGAGCCAUGUACAUCCUGGGCACCAUCGAAAUCCUGCUGGCUUACCUCUUCCCAGCCAUGGCCAUCUUCAAGGCAGAAGAUGCCAGUGGGGAGGCAGCAGCCAUGCUGAACAACAUGCGUGUUUACGGCACCUGUGUGCUCACCUGCAUGGCCACUGUGGUGUUUGUGGGUGUCAAGUAUGUCAACAAGUUUGCCCUUGUCUUCCUGGGUUGUGUCAUCCUCUCCAUCCUGGCCAUCUAUGCUGGGGUCAUCAAGUCUGCCUUCGACCCACCCAACUUCCCGAUCUGCCUCCUGGGUAACCGCACGCUGUCUCGCCAUGGCUUUGAUGUCUGUGCCAAGCUGGCUUGGGAAGGAAAUGAGACGGUGACCACACGGCUGUGGGGCCUUUUCUGCUCCUCUCGCUUCCUCAACGCCACCUGUGAUGAAUACUUCACCCGAAACAAUGUCACAGAGAUCCAGGGCAUCCCUGGUGCUGCCAGUGGCCUCAUCAAAGAGAACCUCUGGAGCUCCUACCUGACCAAGGGCGUGAUUGUGGAGAGGAGUGGGAUGACCUCGGUGGGCCUGGCCGAUGGCACUCCUAUCGACAUGGACCACCCUUAUGUCUUCAGUGAUAUGACCUCCUACUUCACCCUGCUGGUUGGCAUCUACUUCCCCUCAGUCACAGGGAUCAUGGCUGGUUCUAACCGCUCUGGGGACCUGAGGGAUGCCCAGAAGUCAAUCCCCACUGGCACCAUCCUGGCCAUCGCCACCACCUCUGCUGUCUACAUCAGCUCCGUUGUUCUGUUUGGGGCCUGCAUUGAGGGGGUCGUCCUGCGGGACAAGUUUGGCGAAGCUGUGAAUGGCAACCUGGUGGUGGGCACUCUGGCCUGGCCAUCUCCAUGGGUAAUUGUCAUCGGAUCCUUCUUCUCCACCUGUGGGGCUGGGCUGCAGAGCCUCACGGGGGCCCCACGCCUGCUGCAGGCCAUCUCGAGGGAUGGCAUUGUGCCCUUCCUGCAGGUCUUUGGCCAUGGCAAGGCCAAUGGAGAGCCGACCUGGGCCCUGCUCCUGACUGCCUGCAUCUGCGAGAUUGGCAUCCUCAUCGCAUCCCUCGACGAGGUGGCCCCCAUCCUCUCUAUGUUCUUCCUGAUGUGCUACAUGUUUGUGAAUCUGGCCUGUGCAGUGCAGACGCUGCUGAGGACACCCAACUGGAGGCCACGCUUUCGAUAUUACCACUGGACCCUCUCCUUCCUGGGCAUGAGCCUCUGCCUGGCCCUCAUGUUCAUCUGCUCCUGGUAUUAUGCACUGGUAGCCAUGCUCAUUGCUGGACUCAUCUACAAGUACAUUGAGUACCGUGGGGCAGAGAAGGAGUGGGGCGAUGGGAUACGAGGUCUGUCUCUCAGUGCGGCUCGCUAUGCCCUCUUACGCCUGGAGGAAGGGCCCCCACACACCAAGAACUGGAGGCCACAGCUGCUGGUGCUGGUGCGUGUGGACCAAGACCAGAAUGUGGUGCACCCCCAGCUGCUCUCACUGACCUCCCAGCUGAAGGCAGGGAAGGGCCUGACCAUCGUGGGCUCUGUCCUUGAGGGCACCUUUCUGGAAAAUCAUCCACAGGCCCAGCGGGCAGAAGAGUCUAUCAGGCGCCUGAUGGAGGCAGAGAAGGUGAAGGGCUUCUGCCAGGUGGUGAUCUCCUCCAACCUGCGUGAUGGCGUGUCCCAUCUGAUCCAGUCCGGGGGCCUCGGGGGGCUGCAGCACAACACUGUGCUUGUUGGCUGGCCCCGCAACUGGCGCCAGAAGGAAGAUCAUCAGACGUGGAGGAACUUCAUUGAGCUGGUCCGGGAAACCACAGCUGGCCACUUAGCCCUGCUGGUCACCAAGAACGUUUCCAUGUUUCCUGGGAACGCUGAGCGCUUCUCUGAGGGCAGCAUCGACGUUUGGUGGAUUGUGCACGAUGGAGGCAUGCUCAUGCUGCUGCCCUUCCUGCUGCGGCACCACAAGGUCUGGCGGAAGUGCAAGAUGCGUAUCUUCACUGUGGCCCAGAUGGAUGACAAUAGCAUCCAGAUGAAGAAGGAUCUGACCACAUUUCUGUAUCAUUUACGCAUCACUGCGGAGGUCGAGGUGGUGGAGAUGCAUGAGAGCGACAUCUCAGCUUACACCUAUGAGAAGACGUUGGUGAUGGAGCAGCGUUCCCAGAUCCUCAAACAGAUGCAUUUAACCAAGAAUGAGCGGGAGCGGGAGAUCCAGAGUAUCACAGAUGAGUCACGAGGCUCAAUCCGGAGAAAGAAUCCAGCCAACACGCGGCUCCGCCUGAACGUCCCAGAAGAGACGGCUGGUGACAGUGAAGAGAAGCCAGAGGAGGAGGUGCAGCUGAUCCACGAUCAGAGUGCUCCCAGCUGCCCCAGCAGCUCCCCGUCCCCAGGGGAGGAGCCUGAGGGGGAAGGGGAGACAGAUCCGGAGAAGGUGCAUCUCACCUGGACCAAGGACAAGUCGGUGGCAGAGAAGAAUAAGGGCCCCAGUCCUGUCUCCUCUGAGGGCAUCAAGGACUUCUUCAGCAUGAAGCCGGAGUGGGAGAACUUGAACCAGUCCAACGUGCGGCGCAUGCACACGGCCGUGCGGCUGAACGAGGUCAUCGUGAAGAAAUCCCGGGACGCCAAGCUUGUUUUGCUCAACAUGCCUGGGCCUCCCCGCAACCGCAAUGGUGAUGAAAACUACAUGGAGUUUCUCGAGGUCCUCACAGAGCACCUGGACCGGGUGAUGCUGGUCCGCGGCGGCGGCCGCGAGGUCAUCACCAUCUACUCCUGAGAACCAGGACCUGCCACCCGGGCCCGAGCGCGCCCGGCCCGCGGCUCCGGAGCCCUCGCCGCGCCCCCCGCCGCUGUCACCGUUUACAUACAGACCCUGUGCCCGUGUCCUGGCCCCUUACCCCGCUGCCUGAAGCCCGGAGGCCACGCCUGUUGGGGCUGAUUCGGAGAGGGCGCCCCGCCGCGCAGAGACCAGAGCUCCUCAGUGCCGGUUUGGCCCGUGGGUCUUCGCUGCCCUUUUUCUAAGCCCGGCCUCGUCUCGCCGGAGGAGACGCUGCAAUAAAGGUUGGGAGAAGGCGCGGAAAGGAGAGGAGCUGGGGCCUUGGGGACCCCCAGGUAGUCCAUGCGGCCCAUUCCUCCCCUUCCCACUCCCGCCGCGGUCCUCGCUCUGCGCUCCUCCGGCGCUGCUCCCUGGCUCCCGGCGGCCCGGAGGCCCGCGGGGUGGGAAGGCCGCGCUUGCCGUCUGCGCCGCCCCUUCUCGCCGAGCCAUGGGGCGCGGGCGGCCGAGCCUAUACAUAGUGUACAGGAGACAUCGCGUGUAUUUUUAACGUCCCCAUAUUUAUGUGACUAGAAGCGCAACAGACUUCUCGCCACAGUCGAGCUCUCCCGCUGGGGGCACUGCGGGGAGGCGAGGCCUUGGGAAGCUGAAUUUUCCUUGACGUCCAAGAGUUUGAGAGCGAAAGUGCUUUAGGCCCAGGCGGGGGUCGUGGCCUCGUUCCCUCGACACCUCCGUCCUGCUCUCGCCUCUUCGCCCUUUCCGCGCGCCCUUGGCUUCCCACCCUCCUCUCCAGUCGUUUUCCGAGAUGAGGUGAGACAAGGGUCCAACUUUUCCUGGAUUCGCCUCCCAGCGGACGUGAGCUUCCACUGCGGCUGCAGAGACGCGAGCAACCUCUUCUCAUCGGCUCUUAUGCAAGUUGGGGCCAGGAUAGGGGAGGGGUGCUCCUCAAGAGGAAGAAACCGAGAGGCCCGCGCCCCACCGAGGAAGCCCCGCCCCGGUGCCUUCGCUGGGGAGCAGGCGUCUCUCCUCAGUCGGCUUGUCGCCUGCUCCCCGUAUCCCAUGGCUCCUCGCCAAAGACUGAAAUUGUGGAGCUGGAGGGCGCCCCCUCCCCGGAGUUUCCUCCCUGGGACAAGUGAGGGAGGAGGGGGCCGAUUCUGGUUUAGGGGCCGGACCCACUGAGAGGCCCCAGAGCCGCCCGUGAUGUUCCUCCCCCGUCCCCAUCUGGCAGCUCCUGUCUCGCCUGAGGGACCCAGCCGCCUUCUCCGUGCUCUGGGGCCGGGCCUCGCUGCUUAGCAGCGGCCUCUAGCUCCGUCUCCCGGGGACCUGGGCCUGAGGGAGGGCUGGAGUCGCACGCGCUUUGUCCUUAGCGCCUGUCUGCUCUCCUCUAACUAGGACCCAGGGCCUUUGGCUUCCCCAGCUCGUCCUUGGCGCUUCCGCUCCACCAGCCUGGUCUGAGGCGUGCUCUGUCCUUAGAGAAGGCGCGGUGGCCGGGUUCCCUUCCCCUAGGGCACGUUACUAAGGGGGUCAGGCACUGCAUGCUCGUUCCAGCACCAUCUGGGACUGGGUACAGUACCUCCAGCCCCAGGGCCCUGACCUGCGCACCUAGUUUGACAUCUCACCCACCUCCCAGAGCUGGGGCCACUGAGUAAUCCGGACCUCACCACCUCUUUUCCUUUGAGCCCAAGGCAGAGCUGGAGCUGGCGCCACCCAGACAGCGUCAGGUGUGGCUGGGGUAGGUUUGGAGGUCUGCCAGUUACGCCAAGUCCCCUCUGAGAUUCGAUCAGGGGACUGGAUAGAUUCUUUCAGGUACUCAAUCAGGAAGCUGGAGGUGUUAGACACCAGCCCCCUGCAUCCUUCAGUAGACCUCCCUCUGAACACCACAGCCAGGUCCUGCCUUCUGGGGGCCUGAAUAUUCCAGAGCUGAUGUGAUGGGCUGUGCAGAAGGGGGCUGUAUUAACAUCAAUUAGGGAACCAAAGUUGCACUAUCUGGGCCCAGAUUGUCUGGUUGGCAAGAGCAAAGUUUCCGUUGAUGAAACAGACAUCCCACAACAAAAACCCAAGUUUUCUGUGCUACAUGUGCAAUAUUUGUUAUGAAUGUUAUCACAAGUCAUUCAUCAAAUUAUCUUUAUAAUCACUGUAGUUAGAUGUUUCAUGUCCAUUCAAGUGACUUUUAUUCUGAGUGCAAUAUUUCAAUAGCCUUGUAGUGAUAACUAGUGUUGCUUUUGUUUUAGACGAUCUAUGUGCAGGGCAAUGCAAUGAAGUUGAAAACCCUUGUAAAUAGGAGAGGUUGCAAACCAAAUCAAGAGUAUUUAUUACUAUUACUACUAUUAUUAUUAGGCCUGCCUUUAAUUUUCAGUGUAAGUGUUCAGUAUUCCGCAUCCUGCCUCAGUAUUGAUCUUGUGUUCUUUGUGCCAAUAUGAAAAGGAGAGGGUUGGUUCUUUCCUUUAUUGUUGAAUGCUCCCAUUUAAUGCUUUAUGGCUUUUACUGUAUUACUUUUUUAGACUCCCGUCUGCACAAAAUGCAAUAAAAAUAAUUUUAUUAUACCCUU